AUGAUCCACGGUCUGUCCCGGCCGAAAAAUCAAAUCCGAUGGCUCCUGCUUGAGGGUAUCUCCCCGACCGCGCAAAAUAUCCUUGAAAGGGCGGGCUACUCGAACGUGGAGGUCCUGCCCGGCGCUCUUGAAAAGGACGCCCUGAUCGAAAAACUGCAGGACGUUCAGAUCCUCGGCAUCCGGUCGCGCACACAGGUUACCGAAGAAGUGCUUGAUGCGGCCAAGAGCCUUGUCGCUGUCGGCUGUUUUUCGGUCGGAACCAACCAGGUGGAUCUGAACGGCACCUUGAACCGCGGCAUCCCGGUCUUCAACGCACCAUUUUCCAACACCCGUUCGGUUGCCGAACUGACGAUUGCCGAAAUCGUCAUGCUGAUGCGCGGGGUAUUCACCAAAUCCUCCGCAGCCCAUGAAGGCCGCUGGCUGAAAAGCGCUGCCGGGUCCCACGAGAUCCGUGGCAAGACGCUCGGGAUCGUCGGCUACGGCAAUAUCGGCACGCAGCUUUCGAAUCUGGCCGAAGCCAUGGGCAUGCGCGUGAUCUAUUUCGACAUGGUCGACAAGCUGCAGCACGGCAAUGUGCUGCCGACGGACAGCCUGGACAUGCUGCUGUCGGAGUCUGACGUUGUCUCCUUGCAUGUGCCCGACACAACCGCGACCCGAAACAUGUUCCGGGCCGAGCAGAUAGCCAGGAUGAAAAAAGGCGCGUUCCUCAUCAACAAUGCCCGCGGCAAGGUGAUUGAUAUAGAGGCCCUAGCCGAUGCGCUCAGGUCAGGCCACCUCGCAGGGGCUGCCAUUGACGUAUUUCCGGUCGAACCGAAGUCCAACAAGGAUGAAUUCACUUCUCCCCUGCGCGGCCUCGACAACGUCAUUCUGACGCCGCAUGUCGGCGGAUCGACCGAGGAAGCACAGGCCCGGAUCGGUGAGGAAGUCUCCAAGCGGCUGGUGGAAUAUUCCGACGUCGGCUCAACGAUCGGCGCCAUUGAAUUUCCUCAGGUACAGCUACCGAAGGGAACGGAUGCAACCCGCUUCAUCCAGGUUCAUCACAACGCUCCGGGCGCCAUGCGGACGCUCAACGACCUCUUCACCCGUCAUGAUCUCAACAUCCAUGCCCAGUUCAUGCAGUCGCAUCAGGACAUCGGCUAUGUGGUUCUGGAUGUGGAUAGCCCCGUCGAGGAACCGGUCGGUAUCCUCGAAGAAAUCCGGGCCCUGCCGAACACCAUCCGGGCGAGACUGCUCAACCGGGUCUGA